AUGACUUCCACAAGCACCCUGACUCCAAUCUCGGACCUCGGCAGAUCGACAGACUCUAGGCCAGGUUCUGACGGCACUGGAAUGCAGAUCAUACGCCCAGACCCGUCAAAUGACACUCCACUAGCCGAAGAUCAAGUGCCGGACCACGCGACGAGUGCAAUUCCCGACGGUGGCUACGGUUGGACCAUUGUCGCUUCGUGCUUCACUCUGCUCUUCUGGAUUAACGGGUACACUACUGCUUGGGGUGUUCUUCAAGCUGCGAUCGUCCAGUCACCGAGACUGCACACUAAUAUUCGCACUAUUACCUUUGUGGGAAGUUUGUACAUGGCUUGUAUGGUUGCGUUUGGACUUCUCUCUGUGCGAAUUUCGAGACAAUAUGGUAUUCGGUAUACAAGUCUUACAGCGACUAUCCUGUUCGGCGCAGGCUUGAUCAUCACGAGUUUCACGCUCGAGCAUCUGGCAGGACUCUUCUGUGUCGCGGGCUUACUCGUCGGUCUCUCAACAUCAUUACUAUACACCGCUACAAAUACCCUUCCUGUGCAAUGGUUCAGCAGUAAACUCGGCACCGCAAAUGGGAUCGUCAAAGCAGGUGGUGGCGUAGGCGCGACAGUCCUCCCACUCGCAACACAAGCGAUGAUCAACAAGGUCGGACUACAAUGGACGUUCCGCAUUCUUGGCUUUUCAAUCCUCGCUACUGGAAUUCCGUGCGCUUUGAUGCUAAAGGACUUUGCGCGGGGUAGUUCGACAUCUCGCUUUGACUGGUCGCAGCUAAAAAGCAUGCCGUUCUUGACACUUGCCAUGGCGGGGGCUGUCGGAGUAUUUGCCUUAUUCGUACCUCCGUUCUUCCUACCCGUGUUUGCGAGGUCGAUCGGCCUUUCGGCAUCAACAGGUGCCGGUCUAGUGGCUGGAUUUGGUGCUUCGACAGCAGUUGGACGAUUUGCAGGUGGUUGGAUCUGCGAUCGCAUCGGUUCCUUCAAUGCUCUUGCACUCGCCGCUUUGAUCAACAGCGUAUCCAUGCUCGCAAUCUGGCCCGUCAGUUCAUCCCUGCCACCACUUUUUGCCUUCGCUAUCAUCAACGGUUGUGCGAACGGGAGUUUCUUCGUUGCGCUUCCCACGGCUGUGGCGACGCUGGCUCCUGGUUCUGCUGCUGCGUCUAUCAGUUUGAUGACUUCGUUCUGGACGCCGGGGUAUUUGAUGGGAGCACCUAUUGCGGGAAUUCUUAUCGAUUCGCAGCGUGCUUCGGAAGCUGAUUCGAUUGAGCCGUAUAGGGCGGCUAUCUUUUAUGCGGCUGGUGUUGGAUGUGUUGCGACGCUUCUUAUUGUUGUUUCUAGGAUGCUGUUGAGUAAGAAGUUGAUCAAGAGACUAUAG